CCCUAGGAGCCUCACACUUGUUUCUAUCCGUCUGGUCUGCCUUUUAUUAUUUCUUUGCCCCCUCCCCUCCUAAAAUUGAGAUUUGAUUUCUUGGUCUCUCGAUAAAGCUUUCGUUGUUGUCAUCUUACAGAGAAAGAUCAAAAAAAAAAAAAUGGAGGCUCCCUUUUCAACAACAAUAGUCGCUGGAUCGCAGGCCACCAUUUUGGCCGACAACACUGAUUCUGACAGCAAAACAGAGGACUCGAGCUUGUCUCAAAGGCAGAACAUCACCAAAUCACAAGAAGUCAGAUCGGCACUCAUCGACAUAACCAACGACUCACCAAUCGUGGGUCUAGCGAUGCAGACUCCUCCUUCAGGGUUCGUGUGUAAGAGACAGAACAGCAGAAUCAUCAAGAGCACCCCUGGUUCUGGUGAAGCCCUUCUGAGAGGACAAGUCAAAACACUUUUGGAAAAAGUCGAAGAAGGAACAGAGCUUGCCCAUUCUAUAAAGCCUCUCCCUUUCAUCCAUCUCGUCACUUCCCCAAUGAGACUUCUCGCCCCAACUCCAGCAAACACUCCGAACUUUCCGGAUGAUCAAGUGCAGAUUAAGAUCGCAUCUCCGGUUGUUGCGGGCCACUCGAGAACUUCUCAAGUAAGCUAUGUCGAUGGGACUUGUGAGAUAUUUGAAGAGGAGCUAGAAAUGAGUAUGAGCAUAAGUCGUUCUUUGCUGUUUGAUUUCACGGAUAAGUCAGAAGCAUUACGGGAGGAGGAAGAAGAAAAAGAAGAGGUGGAGAAGACUCAAGCUGGAUUUGCAGGGAAACAUAGUAGAUUUGCGUACAACAGUGAAGAUGAUGCGAAUAUCAUAAAGGCCAAAAAAGUUUGCUACUGAAGAAAAGUCUUCUAAUCAAUAACUUCCCCAUAUUAUAUUGUAUUGGGCUGCUUUGUAUUUUGUCACGUAAGAGUGAUCUAAACACAAUUGUGAUAUCCAUAACAAAAAGUUGUGAUUUUUAGGCCCAAAAGGAGCCCAUUAAUGAGACGAACACAGCAGAAAGUUCGUUGUCCGCAAUAACAGAAGGCAUGAAAAACAGAACAGAAGAACAUUCCAACGAUCAACCUCUCUACUCUCUACUUACCUCUUCUUACCUCCCCCAAAGUUACAUUUUGUGUGUAGUAAACGCGAACAUAUAUACAUUUUCAAAACUAUAUUCUGUUUUUCUAA